AUGCGGCGCGGCGGCUCGGGGAGUAAGACGAACGCGUCGAGAUCGCUCCAGCUCACUGUCAACAAGGACGUCGCACCCAUCUCCGAGGCUAAUCUUCUGAAAAUCAUCCACCACGCAAACAAAAAGUAUCGCGUGGAAGAGAGCGACACUGCGGAGCGGAUCGCCGAUGAGCUUGCAAUCACCAGCCACCAGACAGCAGCCGAGGCACUGGACACUGUAGACGUCGUAAUUCGGCACAACUUCCGCACAUCGAGAUUAAUGAACGGCCUGCCCUCUGUGGAUGUCAAAUACGAAGAUUGCGUCAGUAACCUUGGCAUUGCCAGCGAGGUCGAGGACGAGGGAAAGCCGCGCUGGGACAACCUCCAGUUCAACAAGCGAGGCAAACUGAGAGUCCGCGCCCAUCAGAUACGCGACGCGACAAAAAUCAUGAAGAUGCUGUUAUCGGCAUUGCGAUCGUGCUUGCUGGCCAACGAUGUUGGCAGCGGCAAAACCAUUACAUCUGGUCUAGCUAUUUGGGCGCAUUGGCGCCACCAACACAGUUUGUGGGAGGCAGCCAAGGACCCAGCUGCCGGAAUACCUCGCGUCGAAUUCCAGCCGUCGCUCUACUUCGUCCCAGCCAAUCUGCUAACGCAGACAUACGAGGAGCUUCGUGACAAAUUUGCGGGCCUCUUUGAUGGUCGGCUACUAUAUGGCUCUCUCAGCACUUCCAUGGAAGAUCAGGUGCGGAAGGAAGCGACCUUUUCUAGCGACGCCUGGAAUAAAUUCACACUCGAGGUGGUCAACAAGAAGGACGACCCGACAUUAGGCAGGUGA